CGGGGAGACCGAGGCGGGACCGGACAACCUCCAAAAACCGAACGCCAAGAAAUAAUCUCCAAAGAAGCUGCGACCUUCUCAGGCGGAAGGAGGGCCGAGAGCCUUCAACUCAUUGGCUGGGAGUAGGGGGCGAAUUGCUAGCACUUUUCUUUGAUUGGGUACUUUCUCUCAGAGAAAAGCUAAUCAUCUAGGGCAGUGGGGGCGUGGUCAGGCUGUUUGCACAGGCCCCGCCCCGGGUUCCGGUGCCCACCCACCCCAGCGAGUUAGAUUGGCUGGGAGAGGGAGACAGAGCGGGAGCAGGAGACCCAGGAGGGCCUCAGGACAGGGAGGCUGUGUCCCCACAGGAGGAUGACUCAGGAGAAGGGCGGGAGCCUGUCCGAGGUGCAGAUGCGGGUCGGGGCCUCGCAUGGCAUCACCGACCUGGCCCAGAAGCUGCAUUUCUAUGACCGUUGGGCUCCAGACUACGAUCAGGAUGUGGCUGCCCUGAAGUACCGUGCCCCCCGCCUCGCAGUGGACUGUCUCACCCAGGCCCUUCCAGGCCUUCCCCGUGCUGCCCUAAUCCUGGACGUGGCCUGCGGUACUGGUCUGGUGGCUGCUGAGCUGCAGGCUCGGGGCUUCCUCCAGCUGUACGGGGUGGAUGGGAGCCCAGCGAUGCUGGAGCAGGCCCGGGCCCGUGGCAUCUACCAGAACCUCAGCCUCUGCACCUUGGGCCAGCAGCCUCUGCCCAGCCCAGAAGGGACCUUCGACGCAGUGCUGAUGGUGGGUGCCCUGAGUGACGGCCAGGUGCCCUGCAGUGCAAUACCUGAGCUCCUUCGAGUCACCAAGCCAGGGGGGCUGGUGUGUCUGACCACCAGGACCAACUCAUCCAACCUUCGAUUCAAGGAGGACCUGGAGGCCACCCUGGACAGGCUGGAGCAGGCUGGGGUGUGGGAACGCCUGGUGGCCUGGCCUGUGGAUCGCUGGGAGCUGGCCACGUCCGAGCUCGAGGUGACAGGCACCUCUGCUAAGGAGGGCUUCAUCUCCGGGAUUGUCUACCUGUACCGAAAGCAGGAGGCAGCUCGGGUGGAUGGACUGAGGUCUUGUGCCUAGCCCCCAGCGGGCCUCUGACCAUCCGUGUGGCCUUAGGUUGGCCUGUCCUCUGGGCCUCCUCUAUCUCGUCUGUAAAAUGGGACAGACUACUGCACCAGCCCUGUCCUCAGGAACGCUCUAUUAAACAAGCUCCCAGAGGGAGAACUCGA